AUGGUGUCCAUCAGCUUCAAGAUCCAUGGAGCCGUUGCUGCUCUUCUCCUGGGCUCCCUCCUCCUCUGUUCUGGUGCGUCCAUGGACGAACCGGCCGCUGCUUACAAGCACGUCGCUCCAGCUCUGUCGCCUUCGUCCUACCCCCCGACGCCGGCGCCGGUGCCGAUCCAGCCGGUGAUCAUCGUCCAGGGUCUCAUCUACUGCAAGUCCUGCAACCUCCGCGGCUACAACGCCGGCAUGGACGGCUCGCCUCUCGCCAACGCGACGGCGAAGCUGGUGUGCUACGGGAGCAAGAGCGGGUACAGGGUGCUCAACAUGACGAGCACGGCGACGGACGAGAACGGCUACGUCCUGGUGAUGGUGUACGACCUGGCCAUGUUCAGCCGGCGCAGCUGCCGGGUGUACCUCCGCACCUCGCCCACGCCGCUCUGCGACGCGCCCUUCCUCCCCGCCGACGCCUCGCUGGGGAUCGUCCUCAAGAGGGAGGAGGUGAGGCCGUCGUCGCCGGUGGGCGUGCGCGGCGUCUACAGCGCCAGGACCGCGCUCAUGUACGCGCCGCGCAAGGGUGCCAAGUGCCCGGCCUACUGCUGA